CUGACAGAUACCACACCAUGUUUGUGGGCUGGGUGCUGCUGUSUCAGCUCCAUGUGAUGGUGUUUGCAUUUCCUCAUUGCACCGAGAGAUUAAAUAACCUGAAGCGUGACUUGAAAGAAGUGUUCAUAUCAGAAAAGGAUGCCAAUUUAUUCAUUGGAAGACAUCUUCUGAAUAACAGAUUUGAUUUUGAAGCAUUCACACCAGAUAACUUGGAAAGGGAAUGCUUUGAAGAGCUGUGCAAUUAUGAAGAAGCAAGAGAAGUUUUUGAAGACUCCGAAAAAACGAUGGAGUUUUGGAAAGACUAUUCAACUAAAGGCCCUAAAAUAAAAACAGAUGAUGAUACACUACAAAGGAUUAAUGUUACAGGACUUCUCAUUGGUCUAGUUACUGCAGGAGUAAUGCUGGUCAUUAUUGGAUUGCUUAUUUUCUACUGCUGCAAAAGUAGAUGCAAAUCAAGGCAACCACCAGGGUACUCGGAGCAUGUAAGGAACAGGAGACAUUCAAACAGGAGUCAUUCAUCUAGCAUCUUCAGAAGACAUGAAGAGUUUUCUUUAAAUCCACUUCCUCACAGAACUGAUGAUUCGGGACUACCAACUUAUGAGCAAGCAAUUUCUGCAGGUGGACAACCAGACGUGCCACCACCUCCUUACCCAGGACGUCCAAGAGGGGCAAAAGUGUUUAGAAAGUCUAUGUCGCUUCCAAUGCCAUAGUCACAAACCUCCUUCUGGAGUAGUGGGGAAUUUCUGAACUACUGAACACUUUUUUAAAGUGCCUUACCUUGCAUAUUGCAAGACAGGUUACAAAAAUGUGGAAGUUCUACAGACUGCAGCACAGCUAAGAUGAAGCAAAAAUUCCAUUUGGGAAAAGAGACCAUCUUUUGCAAAGGUUACUGUGCUAAGAAGAAAAGGUGCAAAAAACAGGUGCAAACAUCACUUGUACUGCCACCUUAUUCCACAUGCACUUUGAGCCAUCCCAUCAUACAACUGAUGUUCUACUAACAGUUCCAUUUUUGUUUCUUUAGAAGGAACACUAUCUUAAUUGUUUUUAUCAACACUAACCAUUUCUUUAUGGCUGGUAAUACUGUAAAGCACCAGAACUACUUGGUUGUUUAUUUCCUUCACUAAUAUGUGGAUUUUGUUUGCAUUCUAGUAAUAUAUUUGAAUAGGAAAAUGAUUUCUUGG